UUCCAAUCAUGAUUCACCUUCCGGUUUAGGAAGUGAAAAAGUUUAGACAGUAAAGUUUCGAGUUGUUGGAUUUAUUUGACACUUUCAGGGAUUUAGGACCAUGUCGGUCCUAACGCUCAAUGCGAAGCUAGACAGGACCGAAAGUAGCACCCCUUGGGGGUUUCGUAUGCAAGGAGGAAAGGAUUUUAAUGGACCACUUCAAAUUCAAAGGGUAAACCCAGGAAGUUUAGCUGACAGAUGUGGAGUGAAGGCAGGAGAUACCAUUUUAAAAAUAGGGAGUGUAGCCACGGAUGGGCUCAAACAUAAAGAAGCACAAAAUGUGAUUAUUUCAAGUGGAAAUUCAUUAGAAUUGACUUUACAAAGGGGUGGAGGGAGUGGGGGUGCCACACCAUAUGUACCUUACCAGGCCUCUUACAAUACACCAGCUCCACAAAGCUAUAGUUCCCCUGGUAGUCAGAAUUUGAGCAACCAGAUGCAGGGCAUGAAUAUAUCCAAUAACCAGCCCCGGGCUGCACCUGUGCAACGUGCCCCUGCAAAACCACUGGAAGACAUUACCCAGAGUGCAACAUACCAAAUGUUGAAGCAGUCUGACCCAGCACCAUACAGGAGUGGUGAUGGGAACAACAAUGCCUCCUCUGGUGGGAGGAAACAAUCCAGAACAUUCAUGAUGCUGCAGAAUAUGAUUGACAGCGGGGAGGAACUACCAACCCCGGCCCUGGCUAAAACACAGAACAAACCCCAACAAGAGGAAGAGGAAAGAUACACCGCAGUGAUGCACUCCCAAUAUAACACCCCUAUAGGACUAUAUUCUGCUGAUAAUGCCCUGGACACUUUUAAAGGGCAGGUCAAAGACAUUGUACCAGAUGCAUCCCUAAAUGAGAACGGGAUUGCUAAAAGUGAGAAACUCAAACCCAGCGAGACAAUGAAAUUAGUACAACAGGAAAUGAAGCAAGAAAGUGCUCGAAGGAAAUCAGAGCGAGGUUCCGGAGAUGACCAAUAUUUCCAUGGUUCCAAUAACCCAAACAUUCAGUCUCGGUCGUUCAAAUAUCUCCAGACAUCUUUAGACCAUGGAAGAGAGCCCCCUCCACCUAACAGUGACCCCCCUGAUGGACAGGCUGUGUCCCAGCCUGCCCCUGAAUCAUUUAGUCAGCCCAAAAUUCAAACUCCUCCCCUUCAAUCUCAGGCCCCUCCCACAUCACAAGUGGCACCUGUCAAUCAAACUGUAACUCCAGCUGAAGAUCCUCCCACUGAUGAACCUUACCGAUAUACCCCUUCAAUCACACAUACCACACCUACCCCUCCAUUAUACGGUUCCGCCCCAAAACAAUAUGACCAACCUACAAAACCCUAUGUCCCUCCUACAAAAUCAUAUGCCCCACCCACUAAAUCAUAUGCCCCACCCACAAAAUCAUAUGCCACACCCCCAGAAGAUGAUAAAGUGACAGCUGUCAUGCACUCACAGUAUAAUACACCAAUAGGGCUCUACUCUGCAACAAAUGCUUACGACUCAUUUAAAGGUCAAGUUUCUGGGACCUUAGACAUGGAAGGAGAACUCCCCACACAGGAGGCAAAAGCCAUUCAACCUUCAGAAACAAUGCGAUUGGUCCAGGAUCAAGAUAACCAGCCAAUGAGAAGAGAGAAUGAGUCCACAUUUACUGGAACUGGAUCAGACCCCAUUCAUUCAAGGACAUUCAAAGUGUUACAAAGCCAAAUGUCAGGAGGAGGGGCUCCUGCUGGACCUCCAUCCCAAGGAUACAAACCUGCCCCAGCUCCAGCUCCAGUGACUUUCACUCCUAAACCGGCUGCUCCGAAAAGUGCACCUGCCCCCUGGUCUCCCCCUAAACCAGCCCCUGGUGGCGGGAGUGGCACCAAAUUUGGGCGUAAAGGAGAUGCAUCCUUGAAACGAGAAGGUGAAGGAAUGUCUGGGCGUAUACCAAUGUGCGUCGCCUGCGGGGCAACAAUCAGAGGGCCCUUUAUUCUUGCUCUUGGUAAGAGUUGGUGCCCUAACCACUUCACGUGUGCUAACACGGGUUGCGGGAUGUCUCUCGUAGACAUUGGGUUUGUUGAAGAGAAUGGUCAGCUGUAUUGUGAACAGGACUAUGCCAAAUACUUCGCUCCACGCUGUCACAAGUGCAGUUCUGCCAUUGUUGGGGAAUGUGUAAAGGCAACUGGGCAUGACUAUCACCCUCAUUGCUUCUUGUGCGCUCACUGCCGUCAACCAAUUGGAAAAGGAGGCUUCCAUAUCGAGGAAGGUCAGCCUUACUGCUUGAAGGAUUGGGGAGACAUGUUCCAGACCAAAUGCCUUGGUUGUGAGUUUGCGAUUGAACCUGGAGAUAGAUGGGUGGAGGCUUUGAAUGGAAACUGGCACUCGGAGUGUUUCAACUGCUCUCAAUGCCAAGUGAACUUAGAGGGACAAAGUUUCUAUGCGAAACAUGGGCGCCCAUACUGCAAGAAACAUGCUGGUGGAUUCUAAACAACCCCAUAAAUACCCCCUGAAUGUGACAAAAGGACCCCAUAGAGACAUGAUAACAGGACCCGAUUGUGACAUGUUAGAAGGAUCCUCAUUUAACUGUAUACCAUAACCAAAAGUAUUGCAUUGUUAUCAGUUACAACAACAUGUACCUUUUUGAAACAAUAGAAGCUGUUAUGUUUUACAAGCAAUUGUAUUUGAAACAUUUGUAGAAAAUGUAUAUUAGUUUAUGGUUUGAUCUGUAUCAUAGGUUCAACUUACUCAGCUAUGCUUAUAGCUUCACAACAAAUAUGCCUAAAUUUAAAACCUGAAAAGAUGAACACUUUGAAGGUGAACACGCCUAAGGUGAACACUUUUAAGGUGGGUACUUCCAAGGUGAACACUUUUAAGGUGGAUACUUCUGAGGUGAACACUUCUAAGGUG